UGUAUUUGUUUUAUUCUUAGAGUGUCUAAAAUGUAAAAAGAAAUCCUAAAAGCUGAGAUUUCAGAAGCUGUGUUCUUGUUUUUCAACUAUUUCUGCAUGCAGAGAGCUUUUGUUUUGAAAGAAUAAUCGAUAGUCAUAGAUAAACACGGCGAAAAAAAUGACUAGCAAACUGCAAAUAUGAACGCUUGCCGAGAGGAUGCGUCGUCAACAGCCAAGUUAUUGGAUGUUUCCAGAUACAAUCUGCGAUGUAAUCGCAAUAUCAGCGAGAAAAUGACAAAGAAGGACUUCAUCUACGAUAUACCUACCCCUGUACAGACCGUGCGAAAGGUAGAGGUGCAAAAACAACCGAUUAUCCUAUUACGACGAAAAGAGAUGGCCGGCUCAAAAAUGCCACAUUACGCGGUAAUUCCUGAGAAAUUAACGAAUGAUAGCGAUGAUGAAGUUGUUGCCGAUCGACGCACUUUAAAAUAUGCGUGUAAUCUCUGCCGAGAGCCGAUUGCUACUUUGUUUUCUCUAUCAACUCACGUCAAAUUUCACUGUCAAAGAUACUGCAAGAUAUGCUAUUGGAUUUUGCGUGAAAAUGAGACAAUGGAACGGCACGUCGGCACUCGUCACCGAAUUCUGCCUGAGAUUGUAAGUUUCUAGGACUUGAAGACACAUAGAUGAACGUCGACAUUCCGAAUUGUGUGACUCUAAAAAAGCAGAAAUAUUCUAUACUUUAAUUGUUGCAUUUAUAUAUAAUUAUUCUUAAUUUAAAAUUAUAUCAUUGAAAUAUGUAAUUAUAGUUCUUACGUUAAUGGUGAGUCACCGAUUAUUAAAGAAAUAAAUUUAUCAAUUAACAUAUAUUGCUGUGCGCCUCAAUUUUAAUACUUAAAAAUACAGAAAAAAAAGUAAAUAUAUGUUAUUGGCUAUAUAUUACAUUUGUUUUCUGUGUAUAUAAUGUAUAAUCUAAUUAUAUGUAAUUUUGUAAGCGAAUUGUAAUUAAGUUUCCCAUAUUAAUCGUCAUCCAAUAUACAAUAAUAAGUAUCUUAAUUAAGACAAUACUUAAGAUGAUCUUAUAUGUAUAAGACCCGACUUAUGAAUACCAGCCAUAUAUAAUCUUCAUACAUUUUUCGAUUCAUCGAUUUUAUCGGCAGUGUUGUAAAAUGAAUGGGCCUUGUAGUUCCAAAUGUAAAUAUUGACUUUGACGUGGUGGCGGUAGUAUACGGCAAUUUCUGAUCAGCUGAUCAGCUGAUUGCUGUUUACGAAAAAGACCGAGAUGCGGGAUGCUUAUUCUCAUUCUUUUUUUUCUAGAUAAAUCGCAUUUUUGAGCAGCUCCAAUUUAUAAACGGUGUAGCAUAUUUCUAACACGCAAUUUCAAUAAGUUUUAUUACCUUUUUAACACGAUGAUAGAAUUACUCUCAAAACAGGUGGUCUUGUCAUCGAGUGUUCUGGGUCGUCUACAAUAUAUGAAGUAGGUUUGGCGUAGAAGUAAGAGUAGAAAAAAGAAAUAAAAA